UUAACAUCGAGGUAGUGUCUUGCUCAUUGCUGAGUCUUACAUAUCUCCUGGAGCUGCACAGUCUCGUUGAGCAUCCACGGUUCUCCCCAUCACUGUAUCAUAAAAGUGCAGCUCUCAGUCGAUCAUUGCGAAGACGAUCGACCUGACAAUGGCGGGUGCAGGAGCGGCGACGGCUCGAUGGGCAAAUCUAUAUAAGCUACUGAGCAGACCUGGCCCUUUCAGUGAUGAAGAUUGGGUUCCUGGCCCAGAGACCAUCGAUGCCCUGGAAUCAUCGAAGAUCUUGGUAAUCGGUGCAGGAGGACUAGGAUGCGAGAUUUUGAAGAAUCUCGCCCUUUCAGGCUUCAAAGACAUUCAUGUAAUUGAUAUGGACACCAUUGAUAUCUCAAACCUCAAUAGACAGUUCCUAUUUCGCCAAUCUGACAUUGGAAAGCCCAAAGCAGAGGUCGCUGCUGCCUUUGUAGAGAAACGAGUCAAAGGAGUAAAGAUUACUCCGUAUGUGGGCAAGAUCCAGGAUAAGGAUGAAGAUUAUUACAUGCAAUUUAAGAUUAUCGUAUGCGGUCUGGAUAGUAUUGAGGCCCGUCGGUGGAUCAACUCAACGCUCAUUGGGAUGGUUGAUCCCGAAGAUCCUGAAAGCCUUAAACCCCUGAUCGAUGGUGGAACGGAAGGUUUCAAGGGUCAAGCACGUGUUAUUUUGCCGACACUUUCGUCGUGCAUUGAAUGUCAGCUUGAUAUGCAUGCUCCUCGACCUGCUGUGCCUCUUUGCACUAUUGCAACUAUUCCACGACAACCCCAGCAUUGUAUCGAAUGGGCGCACCAGAUUGCGUGGCAGGAACAACGCAAAGAUGAGCCUUUUGACAGUGACAACCUAGAACAUAUCUCUUGGAUUUACCAAAAAGCCCUCGAAAGGGCGGACCAAUUCCAUAUCCAUGGUAUUACCUUUCAGAUGGCACAAGGUGUGGUGAAGAACAUUAUACCGGCUAUUGCUUCCACUAAUGCUGUCAUUGCGGCUUCUACGACCUCUGAGGCGCUGAAGAUUGCAACGUCUUGCAACCCUUACCUGGAGAAUUACAUGAUGUAUGCUGGUGAAGAAGGUGUUUACACAUACACCUUCGAAGCAGAGAAAAAACCAGACUGUCCUGUGUGUGGUGCCCUCGCGCGGACAAUCUUAGUGGAUCCAAAUGCUACUCUGGAGUCGUUUAUCGAGAAUCUUGGGGAGCGGGCUGAGGCACAGUUGAGGAAGCCUAGCAUGCGCACUGAAGAAAAGACAUUAUAUCAGCGUUUCCCACCUCAGCUGGAAGAGCACACGAGACCUAACUUGAAGCUUAAGAUCAAGGAUCUUGUGGAAGAUGGACAAGAAGUUGCCGUCAGCGAUCCCGCGUAUACGAUUGAUUUCCGCUUCAAGUUGGUGUUUAAAUGAGUGUUCUCUCAUUGAUGCCAGUUCUACAUUGAGGUAUGAUGGUGCCAUGACUGAAUGAUUUCUAAACUCCCGGGCUAUUUUCAGCAAGGAACCAAGUAUUAUAGAAAC